AACAGGCUCUAAAUAUACAGUUUGGUGGUCAGAACCUGUCUUGCUAGAACCAUUUUUAUACUCUCCAUCUUUUUAUUUUGCUGUUGCGUCGUCACUCUUUGCAACUCGACGUUGUCGUUAACCUGAACAGAACGCAUUCGUCUUGUUCCAAAACGGUGCAGUUUUGAAAGGAUCGUUCUUCUUCUCUGUUUCUCCUCUUCAGUGAAAAAGUGGAUUCCUUUGAUCAUUUAAAGGGUUGCGAUACCCUAGAUCAAAUGAUGGAGACUGGAGAUAUUAGUCAGCCUGAACCACCGAAACAGGUGUGGUGUGAGGAAAAACAGGCUUCUGUUCAUGAAGAAAUUAAGAGAAUGAACCAAUUGCCUGCAAACAGUUCAUAUGUUACACAUCGUCUGAAGGUUCUUAAUAAAAUUUUGCAACUCAUGUCAGUUCAGAGAACUGUAUCCCGAGAGCAGGAGUUGGAGUUGCUUUUUGCCGGGCUUUCUUUGUGAAAGUAGUAUUGCUGGCCAUGCCCCUGACAUUAGUGGAUCUGCAUCUUGAAGGCCAAAAGAUAAAGAACAAGGCUUGUUUACAGUUUGUAUGUAUUGGCAUUUAGCAAUACGAUAUUGGUCAGAGUCAAGGCUUUACUUAUAACUUGGCUGAGCUUAAGCAGCAAUGUCUGUACCCUUCUUUGGCUACUUUUGAUAUAAUAGUAAUACAUCAUGUUGCAAGUUGAAACCUUGCUGCCACUGCCCCCUUCUUUCCUUCGUUUCAUUCAUGGAUCAUGCCAUCGAGGAACUUUCUUUCAUAAUCCGGUCGUGGAACAUCUAUGUUGUUUUUGACACACUCUGUAAUGGCUCUGGAAAUGACCUGGAAAAAAAUAUACUGAACCAGAAACACAAUAUAAUGUCAAUGUCUUAGGAUUUCUUGAGUUACUACAACAAAAUUAUGGGGGAUACAUUUCUCAUUAUUAUGUAAUAUUGUAGAAUGAAGACCACAUUAGUUUCUUUGGCUACAGACAACGCAUUUGUUGGAGUUCUUAUAUAUUCCAACUGUUGAUAAAAUAAUGGCGAGCUCAUUUGUAUAUAACUGCAUUUAGUGUUUUAUUAAAAUUAUUAUUUUUAAAGCUCUUAAA